AGCUGCCAAGACUGCCAGGCAGCAGCAGCAGCAGCAGCAGCAGCUAAGCGUUGCGGAACGAGCUUUACGCAGCAGCAGCCCAGGCGCAGCUCCGUCUUGUAUAUCGCGCACGAGCGUGCAGCCUCGCUCCGCAGUCCGCACUCGGCCUGCCUCGAUAUUUUAAUAGCUAUAUGUAUCGUGCAGCGAUACACGCGCGCUGUAUACCUACGUCGUGUAUGUGUGCCUGCUUACGUGCUGGUAAAAUAGCAGUGGCGACAACAGCGGCGGCCAAAGCGCCUCGAAUAUACACACAGGUUUUAGAUGCCUCCGAAGAUGGCGGACGGGGCUGGCGGCCGACCUGCGGUUGAGGGCUGCUAAUCCUACACCUACAGUCGCAACUCCGCGUAGCUAUUCUACGUGAACUCGCUGCGGCCGAGCUCCGAGCUCAUCGACCUCGACUACCCGGGGCGGCCGGCUCACGCGCAACGCUGUCAUGAAUCUCUGUAGAGUGUAGUGCUGCUCUGCUGCUCCUGCUACUGACGUUCUCAGCCGUCAAUGCCAUCUCGGCCAGCUGCAGUAGCAUAGUCGCGCUCGUCCAUAGGUAUCUAGCCAACGCAGCAACAUUUAUAUUCUCCUGCUGUUAACAACGAGACUUUUUCUUCCGUUGCUCCUGCUGCGGUAAUCAGUGUGCGUGCUUGUGUGUGCUUCAGCAUUUGACAAUAGUAUAACUACGUUUCGUCUUAUCGUUUCGUUAUGUAUGCCUAAAUAAUAUGAGCAACUCAAUGAAUCGAGUCCUCUUCGUCACAGUCGAACCAAUUGAUGCGCGAUUCAGCGUCGUUUUUCAACAUUAAUAGUGUUGAGCAGCCCUUCGUCUGGAUUUCUCUACGGCUUUGAAUGGCACCUGCUGCUGACUCCAUUCUUUAUCCCAAGAAAAAUCUUGAAAUGGCAGAAUCUGAAGAUAGCUCAGCUUCACCAGACAGUACAACCAGGGAGCGAUUGAGUUUUAUUCACGGAGAAGAUGUUCUUCUUGGUCAAAAAGAUGGAAAAUUCUAUCUUGGAACAGUUGUGGAGGUGGACGUGGACAGAGAGAGUUGUCUUGUCAAAUUCCUUGAUAACACAUCUGCUUGGUCUUCUUUUAAGGAACUCACAAAAUUAACAUCAGAACCUGUUAUAACAUGUGUUCUCUGUAAAAAAUCAGAAACAAACAAGGAAGAUAGCAUUAUUUCUUGUGACAAAUGUGGGCGAGGUUAUCAUCAAUUUUGUCAUCAGCCACAAAUUCAAAUAGAAGAAACAUAUCCUGAUUCUCAUUGGAAAUGUAGAAAAUGUGAUGAUUGUCAAUCUAAAGAUACCAGAAAGUCUAUGGUAAAACCACAUAUUCGAAAAGUUUGUAGUGGUAGAGACCAACCUCUUCCUCCUCCAGAUAACAUUAAUAAGUUACCAUAUGAUCCUCUAAUGCUGACUUGGGAUUCACAUCACAGAGUGAAUGCAGAACAGAUAUAUUGUUACUGUGGGUUAAAUGGUGAAUGGUACACUAAAAUGUUGCAAUGCCAGCGAUGCAAGCAAUGGUUUCAUGAAAAAUGUAUUGGCUGUUUAUCCUACCCUCUUUAUAGUGGAGAUAGAUUUUAUGUUUUCAUUUGUUCAAUGUGCAAUUUUGGCAAGGAGUACAUACGAAGAUUAGAAAUUAAGUGGGUUGAUCUUGUGCAUUUGGUUUUGUAUAACUUGACUGUAUAUAAUGCAAAAAAAUAUUACGAUUUGGAUGAAGUUAUUGUACCGUACAUAAAUGAAAAUUGGGAAGAACUUCAGUUACCAGCAAGUAUACGUAACGAAACACCACAAGUACGAAGAGAUUCCAUACUAUCUAUAUUAUUGAAUCAUAGAAAUAGGUUUAAGUGCGGUAGAGAAAUUAAAAAGCGCACGACUAUUUGGGGUCUUCGAUUAAGAUUACCUCCACCUUGUCCAAUUAUCAACCUCCCAGAAACCGGUAUUAUUGACGAUGACAUAUUACGAGAAUGCUGGGGCAAAAAUAACAGGUUGCAAUUCAUAAGUGAUGGAUAUGAAUUACAAUACGACGAGUCGCAAUCGGAAUUAUCGCCAAACUUUGAAUCUAGCUUAAACACGUCAACGGACACGUCAUUUAAUACUACUAAUGAAGAAAUCCCUCUGAAAACUGAUCCCAAACAAAGUUAUGCAUCAGAUUCUCCUUUGAAAUUAUCAAAUCAGGCUCUAAGAGAUAGUAGUGAACAGAAAAAGGUAGUUGAAGAUAACGUAGUAGCAAUACGAGAAGAAGAAACGAAGGAAGAUAAAAGUACCGAGGCAAAUGCUUGCAGAUAUAGCGGCGGUGGCUUCGUUAAGAAAUCCGUUCCGUUCCCCAAGUUGUGCGUACAAAAACAACGACGUCGCCUUAUGAGACUCAACAGUACUCGAGAAAGACUUCUUCAUAAGCAAAAGAAAAAGCGUGAUAAGCUCACGACUGAUACAACAAUUAUUACCACUAGCAGCGGUGCGGUUAUUGCUAACGAUGUCACAAACGAUGAUGAAGGAUCGGGUAUGCGAGAAGCAAGGUAUCGCAAAGCCAGAAAAUUGCUCAAGAAUGCCAUUGCAAAAAGUAAGCUGCGCAGUCCUGAGGUAGCAGAUCUUCCGCCGACGCCACCGACAUCGGUUUCAUCUCCUCCUACACCGCCAGCCACUAUAUCAUCAGUAUCAUCGGAGCUGUCAGUCCCGAGCUCCGUCGAUUUGCAGCAACCGUCGACUACUUUGGCAGACACGUCUGGUGAUGAAACGACAAGUUCACGUGGAACUCUCGAUUUAUUUAUCCCACCACCCAAGGACUUCGAAGGAAAAAAUAAUCCGUUUCUAAACCUUAGCGAAUUACUUGGCGUUCCUCAGCCACAAAUACCUCAGCAGCCGCUUCCAUAUACACCGAUUACUCUGCCGCUGCCACUCACUCCUGUCAUAUCUCAGCCGCCAAUUGUAAGGCCUGCCAAAAGGCAAUUGAGCGAAAAAGACAUAAUAAUCGAUAGAAACGGGCAAGUCAAAAGACGACGACAGACUAGAAGAGGAAGACCCCCACAGCAGCAAACUCUUAAUGCGAAGUAUUCUCAGACGGCGAGUAAAACAGCAGCUAUAUUACCAGCACGCAACAAUGAAGUUAAAAAUCCUGAAUACGUUCGUAAUCUUCGUAGUUCAUUUGCUUCUUCAUCCAGCUCUGCGUUGGGCCAACAACAAAUCGGUAAUUACGUAGAUUAUGCUCUCAAUGGUCGUCGGUUACGCCAAAGACUUCCGAGCACUGAUAAACUAGUGGUAUCACCUCAAGAAUCUACGAAUGAUUCAUCAGCGCUGCCGCAGUCGGCUGCUUCUUCAGCUCCGUCAUCUGCUCAAUGUUCUCCAGUCAAACAAAGUGCUCCUGGAAUUUCUAUGGUUGAUCUCAAAUCAUCGGUGAAUAUGUACUUUGGCGCAGCGAAUCGAAUUGCGUCAGGUGAAAAAUUCAAAGUACGCGCCAAGCGAAGUGGCCCGUACGGUCAAACACAAUAUCUCAUCGAAUGGGAAGGAUCUAGCACGUGAAUGGUAUCAACAUGAAUGAUGAUACUUUUUAUUAUACCCUACAAAAUGUUGAGCAAUCUGCGAACACACGCAUUUUUUCGUAUGGCAAUGAAAUUGUUUUUGUAAAUGCGGUUCAAAAUUUUUUGUCUUUGUGCUUAUAAUUUUCGUUUUUUAUCAUUCUAUUUUAUUACAAAUUUUUGAUUUGAAACUGUUGGCAUAUGAAGUAAAGCAUUUUGGUACCUUAGCAAUGACUAAGUAACCAUUUUUUUUGUAUAUUACUCCCCUUUGUACCAUAAAUUAUCGCCUUCUAUAUUGUCUUUAACUUUUUAAAACGAAUGUUUUUGACAAUUCGAUAACUUUUUUGAGGGUAUAAAUACGCUAAAAUAAUGUUUUUAUUUUGCAAAUUAAACAAUAUAUGCUUCAAGAUUUCAAAUGUACUGUUACUCAUUCUCAUUCACCGCUGGUCGAUGAACAAUUCUAAAAUUAAAAUAAAACUUUAUCGAUAGUAAAAAUGAUUGGUUUUAAAAUAAAUAAUUUUAAUGAGUAAUACCGUCCUCAGCCAUCAUUAAAAAUUUCUAAAAAAAAAAAAUGCAUUGACAUAAAGGUACAAAAUAUCUUUGCAAAGGUACUCAAAAUGCUCUAAGACUGUAAGCAGAGAGAAAAUAUCCAAAACUAUUUUAAAUAUGAAAGUGACUUAACAAUAAGCCAGUUUAAACUUCAAAUCAACAAAUCCAUGCACAUGUAAACAAUUUACAGUAACAUUUUUGAAAACAAUAAUCAUCAACAAAAAUUGUUCCUAGUACUCGAAUUCUAUAGCUUGUGAAUAACAAAUUAAAUAAUUAUUUAAUAUAAAACUUGAACUUUUAUACAUUUUUCAAAAUAAUCAAGUAAUGCCAAUGACUUUUACUGUACAUUUAAGCACACUAAAAAGUUUUGCCGACGUAAAACGGACUGAAAAUUUAAUGAGAUAUUUGUUUAUCGUAAUAUAUACACUAUUUUUCGUAAUAGUUAAUCCUCAUAACGUGGGAUGACAUCGAAGAUUCAGAUAACGUGACAUUCUAUUGUACGUAUUUUAGAUAAACUACUAUAAUUAUAAGUUAUCAUUUAAUUUUAAGUUUUUCAUUAAUAUUUCAUAAGGAUUGCUUCAUUCUAUAAAGAUUUUACGUCAUACAUUUAAUCUUUCUCGAGACUUCAAUCACUGCCGUAAAAAUACUUCAUUAAGGUGAUCUUAAAGCUACGUAUCUAAUGUGGUUAGAUCUAGUAAAAAUAUUGAAAUAGGAAACUAAAUUUCUAAUGUUCUGAACACUGCCAAACUCAAAUGCGUAAUGCCCUAUCAAAGUGUUCAUGCACCAAUUAAGAAUUUCAUGGUUUAUUCCUUUUCAUUUGAGUAUUUAUAAUUAUUUUAGGUAAUCUUAUUUAUAUAACUUAAGCUUGGCGCGUUUUAUCUAUUAAAUAAAAACUAAAUUUUAAUUGAAAAAAUAAGAAAAUGUUUGGCCUUUGCCAAUUUUUGUACAGCAAUUUUAUAAUUUUGUCUAUUUUAUAUACAUUGACCAAAGUUAAUAAUCUGAUUCGAUAAGAAAAUUCUUGAAAAACCUAAAAUAUUUCAAAUCCUGCGUUUGAAAAUUGAAAUGAAAAAAAAAUUACUGUCGAAAAUAACUAUGUUCGAUGAUACGUCAAUUCUAUGUAUUCCACAAAAACUUACACAGAAUUAAAGUAUACUUUAACUCAGUUCUCUAUGUAUGCUAAUAUAAAAGUAUUUUUACACUUCAGGAUUUAGAGAAUCUAGUAAAGUAUUCUGUAAAGAUUUAUUGGAAAUUCCUUGGUAUUGGAUAAUUUUUAAAAUGUUUAUGAUAGAAUAGAUUUUAUAGAUUUCGAGACUAAUUGUUUGUAUUAAAAAAAAUCCAAAGCCUUUAGGUAUGAAAUUAUGUCGUAAAUCCAAAAAAUUGACAUUUUUAUAGAAUUAUACUGUUUUGAAUUAUAGUCUUUAUGGAAUAUUAUUAAGUGUCUUUGGUAUUGCUAAUUUGAAAUUUGCUAAAAAAUUAUUGGCAAGGGUACAUCUCACACUAUUCAAUCUAAAAAAUGGAUAUCCAUUAAUGCAGAUAUAAAUUAAAAUUUAGUUGAGUAAUAUUUACUGCCAGUAUCGCAUGUACAUAUUUUUUUAAGUAUGUAACG